CAAAAAUUGUGGGAAUUACCCAUGUGUUAAGGAAUGAACUAUUGACGUCAGUCAUUGACGUGUUGUUUUGUUAAACGUGCCAGUUUUUUUUUUCAUUAAAUAAGCUGGACAAUAAGAUUGAAACUAUAAUUAACAAAACAACGCAAGGUGUAGACACGUUUUGUAUUAUUAAACCGAACAAGUGUUCUCACAGCGUCUGCUUCUUAAAUUGUUCGAAGUUAACUUAUAGUUCCAUAAUAAGAUUUUUUAUAGAAAAACGAGAGGAUGUUCUUUUUUUAGAAGUACUUCCAGAUAAAUCAGGGCAUAAUUCGCUGAAAUGUUGGACUGGCUAUCACAAACUUUUUUUAUAAUCAUAAAUGAUAAUUAGUGUUAUUUGAAAAGUUAACUUCCUGUGUUUAAAAACACAUUUCAGGUCAUACGAAGAAAACAAAAAAGAGUAAAGAUACAGGUUUGAUUUUGUGUUAUGUUGCACCAUGUGUGAAUUUUAUUUUUAUUUCAGCGGCUGGAUUUUUGUUGACCUGAUUAGUAAUUAGUAUAUACUUUUAUGUUCUUCGGAACCACAUAACUAGGUGGUGGUGUGUUUUUUUUUUAAUAAGUUUAACAGUUUCGUCACGUUACUGAUAUGGACAACUUACAGAUUUUGUGAUUUUUUUUACAUCAGAGGCCACCAUUUGCGUUGCCGACGUGGUCUUCAAUGACGUGUGUGGUUGUGUGGGUAGGUUGGUGGGUACAAAAAGCUUUUUAAUAUAUUUCAUCAUGAAAAGACAAUCAUAGGGAUCUUCAUUAUCCCACUGCUAAGCACCUGAUAUAAGCCGUAGUUCUUAGUGUUUCCUACGACCUACGUUACAAAAAAUAGAUUUUGAUGAACUAUAAAAAGACGUGAUGCUCUAGUAGGCAGUGCUGAUUAUUUGAUAAAGAUUUAUUUUAUAGCGAAAAGGAGGAGGGGUUAUUGUGUUUUAAUUAUUAUUAGCAUGUUAUUGCUCCUCAUUUUCGUGCUGCAACGAAAUGUGACUACUGGUUAAAAAAUGUCAGUCCCUUUGUAAAUUGUGACAAAUUGUGGCAAAUUGUGGCAAUUUUUAUCUAUUUACAUUUUAGACUGAACAAUAAAUACAUGAAUAAAUAAAUCAAGUCUAUACAAACACAAUGAAAGAGACAAUGAGUAUCAACACAGUCAAUCGAAAUUUACGACGAAACAUUGCACUCGCUAAUCGCAUUAUCCGCCAGCAAAACGAGAAAACGCAACCGAGAAAGAUUGUUAUCGUUGGACCGUCGAGAUGUGGAAAGACAUCUCUAGUCAAGCGUUUUCUUGAUAAUUCAUUUACAUUUCAGUAUAAACCCACUGUAGAAGAUUGUUAUAAUCGAGAAUACCGUUACAGGGGUUAUAAUUUAAGUCUUGAUAUUAUCGAUAUAUCAGGCUCUUUUUUAAGUCCGCCAAUCAGAGACGCGCAUAUUAAAACUGCCGAUGUUAUUAUGCUGGUGUAUGAAGUGGAGAAUUUAGAAUCGGCUAAAGAAGCGAGGUCCUUAUACAAAGUUAUCAGACAAACGCGAGAAGACAAAAUGCCUUUAAUACUUGUUGGUAAUAAAACUGAUUUAAAACGUGGCUCAUUACCCCCUGAAACCUUUCAAGAGUCUGAGGAAAUCGUUGAUAUUGUUAAUGAGAUUCAGGGCGCAAAACACAUUCUUACUUCUGCUAAAUGCAACAUGCAUAUUACAGAUGCUUUUGAAUACGGGCUGAAAGACGUCAUCAAACGUAUGCACACAUUGUCCAUGUCGGCUCAGCAAGGCAAGACAAACGAGUAUGAGGCAGACAAAAAAUGGCAGAAGGAACAGUGCUGUACAAUACUAUAAAGUCAUUCAAUCUUAGAAAAAACAAUCUUUCAAGUUACCUCAUAGACAACGACAAAAUAUGUUUUCGUAAUUGUUCAUUCUUGUACAUGUGUUCAUAUAUAUGCAUAUAUAUUUAAGUUCGUGGAUUAUAAAAUUUAUAAUAGAGUUAUGUAUGUAUAGUAGAAGUAUUAUAUGAUAAGCAGAAA